UUUUCCUAGUGUUUCCGUUAAACUUACGGAUUUUCUGAGACAAGUUCAAAAUGUUUAUUGUAUUCUUCAAUUCGCAUUUAUAAUCCGAACAAGUGAAAUAAAAAGGUAAAUUUUAAUCAAAGGCACCAAAUGGCGUCGUAGAUAAGCCAAACAAUUAAAUAAAGGGUAUAUCACUUAAUGAGUUUUUUUGCAUGUCGAUAUGUUCAUUGUGAACACAGUUUAAGGCUUAUAAUUGAUAAUGAAAAUCACAAUACCGGAUCAAGACACUGCGACUGAAUCAAUGUUUACCGUCAUGGGUAUUGAAUGCCAUCAAGCCCAGGCUUGACUUACAUCACACGUGUACUUCAACCGGGUAUUAAACCUCCCAGGUUCGAAAGAAAACAAGACUCAUAUCUGAGGACGGACAAGACCAGGAUGCCGACGAAAAAGCGCUCGGAAAGCUAUUUAAAUCGGCGGACCGGCGGCCGGCCAAAGUGGCAGCUGAUCGUCGUGGUCUGUGUGGUGUUCUGUGUCGUGUACUUCAUGUGGCCAAGCUCCGGUGAGACGUUCCAGACGCUCGCGGAGGAUGAAGUCAGUCAGGAACGGGAAAAGGCGGCCGCCUUGGACCGGAAACUCGCGGCGGCCCGUGACGCAGAUAUAGCGAUUAGAAACACCAAUGUUGUCAUAGACAAUGAACGGGACAAUGGUGGCGAAAAAGCUGGGGCGAAUGGUAAAGGCGAGGAGACAUCUAAGACAAUGAAUGAGAAAAAUGAUAAAAAGAAUAUCUCCGUGGUUACCGUGCAAGAUGGAAAGAACACUCAAGAAUUGAUACGGGAUGUGAAAAAGAACUUGAAUACGACCUUGCAGAACAUAAAACAAAUGGCAUCAAACUUGACAUCUGUUGUAAAGGCUAAAUUCGGAAAUGUUUCCAGUCCAAACAACACACUAUUGACUUUGAACUUUAAGAACAAAACACUUACUCCUGAAGACAUUGCGGAGGUAGGCACCAAUCUUCGUAAGCAAGCUCUUGAAGUAAAGGCCAGAAAUAUCUCCAUAGAGCUCCUGGCGAACCAGCUCAAGCAACUCGAGACGAAAUUUCACAUCAUUAAACAGAACAUAACACUAGCCAAUGAGACUAAUUUAAAAGCUGUCAGUGAAAAUAUUAAAAUGUUGAAAAUCAAGCUUGAUGAACAAACCAAAGCAUUCUCACAAAAUAAACGUCUCCUUGGUCAAAAGAAACAGGUAACUUACCGUGGACAUACGGUGGUUUUGGAUAACGGAUCGCAGAACAACACACGGUCGACAAACACAACAGACUCCUAGGAGGGAAGCCCAACAUGCUGAUAUGGUUUCCAUUAUACCGUGAAUAUCAGCGCAUAUAUAACAGGUUGUGUAAAAUCAGGGUGCCAUAGGAAAUGUACAUUGUUGGAUUUUGCCAUAAAUCUUGUGUGUGGAAGUUUUCAAACAAAUACAUAUGUUUACAUGUAUUUAAAUAGUCCAUGAUUUGCAACCUAAUCUUCACAGAUCAGUGUGGAUAAAAUACUUUCUUAGUGUGAAUGCAGAUGCAGGUGUUUCAGACAUAAACAGUGUACUUUAUAUCAGAUCACUGACAUAAGAGUCAAUGACACGGUGUUUACCUAUUCAAACAGUAGGUCAGUCUUAACAGUACAAGAACCAUGUCACAUGUGCUGUCAAUUCAUCCAGGGUAAUUAUAAACCCAUGAUAAUGCACUAAAAUACAUGUAUAUAAUAAUAUACAUAUAUAUUCAUUUAUGAUAUAAACGUAUACAAGAUAAUCAAAGACUUUACCAUGCAAUUUCUCUGUCGCCAAAUAGUGAGAGGUGAAAAUAAGCCCUUGAUAUCUAAAACAGAUUGUAUCAGUACCAAUGACAAAUACAUUAUUUGUACAAAAAUAACCUGAUUAUUUGGUUUGUGGUGUAUGACUUUCAUGACAUGUUAUUUAUUUCUUAGUUUAGAGGAUGUAUGUACCAGUGAGGAAGUAUGUAUGCAUAUAUAUCUAUUCCUAUGUGCUAUUAUUUUUAAGGAGGAUGGAAUCAAUGAUUGGUGUAAUAUUCUGUUACAAUGUAUGCACAAUUCUUUUUUGCCCAAUCUUGAUUCAGUUAUAUGAAAAAAAUAAAAGGUCGCAAC